UCAAUGGUUCAUGGUUCAAUGAUAACAUAACAGUCCGUCAUUCGUCAUUUUUACUUAAAAAAUUGAAGAAUAAUUGUAAUGGCCUGUAAAGGAAUAUUUUGUAUAUUUUUCCUAUUUUGCAGCUUCGUUGCUGUAACAAAUAGUCAAAAGAUCGUGAUAGACCUUCAUGAAGAUAACUGGAGCGAAAUUUUGAAAGGAGAAUGGCUGGUAGAAUUUUAUGCUCCUUGGUGUCCAGCAUGCAAGGCUCUUGUACAGAAAUGGAAGGAGUUAGCUCAAUUAGGACCAGGUCUAGGUAUUAAAAUUGGAGCUGUAGAUGUUACUACAUCACCAGGACUAAGUGGUAGAUUUAUGGUCACAGCUUUGCCUACAAUAUUUCAUGUCAUAAAUGGGGAAUUCAGACAAUAUAAGGGUCCCAGAGACAUAAGUUCAUUUACAUCAUUUGUAGAAGACAAGAAGUGGGAGCAAGUAGAACCAGUUCCUAGUUGGAAAUCUCCAAAUUCAAUUCAGAUGAGUGUUGUAUCAUCUUUCUUCAAAUUAUCUCAAUUACUCAGACAUUUUCUACUUUCAUUGCAGCAAAUUCAUAACAAGCUUACAGACGACUAUGGAUUACCAACUGUUGCUUCAUAUUUGAUUUUUGCCAUUGCUACCAUUAUCUUAGGUGCCCUUCUAGGAUUGAUUUUAGUGUGUGCAAUAGAUCUUAUAUUCCCGCCAAAACAUAUAAUAUUAACACAGAACAAAAAGGAUGAAAAGGACAGUGAUAAUGAACUAAAUGACGAAGAUAUCAGAGAUGAUCUCGUAGAUGAUGCUAGUCAGUCAGGGGAUGCUGCUAAUUCAGACUCUGAUUCUGAACCUAAAAAUUCUCCUAUCAAAAGGAAACCAAGGAAACGCAGGGCAGUUUUAACCUCCUAGAAAUGAAUACGUAACAGACUCAUAGGAUAUCAAGAAACGUGUGUAAAAUCUUCACUACUCAGCAAUUAUCACUAAUAUCAGCCACGCGUGGAUUAGUAGUACGAUGAAGUUUCCUCUUUUUUCGUAGAUUGUUCUCGAGAACAACACUAAACUUUCGGAACAUUGAAAAAUAUUUAUUUGCUUUACUAUAAUAAACUAAAUCAUAACCUUACGCUAAGAGGCUUUGUUUAUCUCAAGACAAUGUUAAAAUACUUAUUUUAAUACUACAUUUCGAGUUGAGCACUGUGAAGCUUUUCCUAAAAAUUUAACAUGCAUUUUGAGACUUGCAUUUAAAUCCACAUUUUUCAAUUUACCAGUUAAUGAAACUCAGUAUUUUUUGUGAAUGCAUGGUUUGAAAUGUAGACGAUAUAAAUAUUAUUGUUAUGUUUUCACUGGAGAAUUUUAAAUUCUUGUUGUGAUAUUUUAUAAUAGACAGAACGGGGUGCCUAAGAAAUGAACAUACAAAAUAUACAUACAUUUUGCAUAACUGAUUUUAUCAAUGUCAAAUAACUUCAGUAGUCUUCAGUCUGAGUUUUUUUUAAUUAUUGGCUCUUUUAAGGUGAAGAUCAAUUUUUGCAACAGAAAAAUAAUUGGGGUAAGUCCACAGAACAAGCUGGUUAGUUAAUCGACAUUAUCCGUCAAGAAAAGUUUUAUUGUGAAAAUCCAUAACAUCAAAAUUAGGCACCGGACAACUAUCACUGUCCAUUUCUUGCAACAAUGGUAUAUACCAGCGGUUCUCAAUCUGUGGUACAUCUACCACUGGUGGUACAUAUCAUUAUUUACGGUGGUACAAAAAAAAUUAAAAUUGUAGUACUUACUAAGUCUUAAUAACACAGUCCAAAAAUAUAGGUGGUACCAAAAAUAAUAAAAGGCACUGUAGGUGGUACAUGCCUCAAAAAGAUUGAGAUCCGCUGGUAUAUACUAAACAUUUCGCAGAUAUAUCCUGAUGCUCCUAUAGCCUAAGCAAUAUUUAAAGUAUUUGGUGCACUCCAUUAUUAGAGUUUUGUGAUCACUACAUCAAAAUCUUCCCUAUUUUGCUCCGCUCUUAGUAAUUGUUGAAUGUUCGUACCCAUCCAAGCUCUGAUAUUGAGAAACCAUGUUAGUGUUCAUCUGUCUACUUCUCUUCAGAAUUAUAUCUUCCCUUCAAUUAUUCAUAGCAGGUUAUAUUUAUAAUUUCUAAUUAUAUCGUUUUUAUAGAUUCUAACUCUCUGUUUAUAGUUUUUAAUACUGUUUGAUUCGUUAUGUGUUAUGUCUCUGUUUAUAGUUUUUAAUACUGUUUGAUUCGUUAUGUGUUUUGUCCAUAAUAUUCUAAGCUUUCUACUUUAAAGCCACAUUUCAACAAAAGGUUCUAACCAUCUCAUGGUAUUUAAUUUUAAUGUCCAGGCUUCAACUCUAUACAGAAGGACUGACCAAAUGUAGCAUUCAAUAACUCUAAUUCGGAUGUCUAAGCUUAGUUUUCGGUUAUAGAGAAUUUUCUUCCAUUUAUUAUACAUGUUCCUGUUAUAUUCAUGUUUUUAUUUCUAUAUCUUGAUCCCCUUACCGUUUAGUACUAUCCCUAAGUAUCUAAAUUUGUGAACUUGUUCUAACUGGGUGUUACUUAGAUUCAAUACGACAGUUUCCAUUGGUAUUGCUGAUUAUCAUUAUUUUAGCUUUCUGAAGAUUUCAGUUCACUUUCAUUGUUAACUCUGUCUAGUAUAUUUUGUAAGAUUUUUUAUUCUUUCUGCUGUCAAAACAGUAUCGUCUGUAUAUCUGAUAUUCUUAAUAUACAUUUACCGUUUAUUUGUAUACUAAUUUCGGCGUCGUCCAGUGCUUGUUUGAAUUUUCAUUCAGAGUACAAGUUGAAGAGCAAUGGAGACAUGACACAGCCUAGUCCACUUUGGCGACUAAUAAAUCAAAAUAAUAAUUUUUGACAAAUACUCUGUCUUCAGCAGAUUUGAUAAUAAUCAUUUUUAAGGGGCUAUCCUAGUGUAAAAGUAUGAAAUUAAUAUAUUUUUUGGGAAUGCAUAAAAUAAAAAGUACUGCGCCAAUUGUUUUAAAAAUUUUCAUGAGCUUUAUUUAUUAUAAAAAGAAGUACAUGUAAAAAAAUUCAUAAAAAUAUAUUCAAAAUUAAAUGAUUUAUGCGCCAUCUGCUGGCACCGUGAAAAAAAAACAUAGCUCCACUGUUGCAGUGAUUGGGACUAAUGGAGAUCCUGAAAUGUGAAAUUUCAAAAUGAUUAUUGAAAUAUAAGUUAUUUUCUAUACCUUUUCUAAACUAGGAUUUUUGAAAAAUAUUAAAAUUUGAAAAAAUGAGGUGUUAAAUGUUUUUUUAAAUUACCUAAAAAAUUCUUAGUUUCAAAAACAGCAAGUUUCGUUUUUAUCCAAUCAAAAAAAACCCUAGUUGAUGGUAUAGAAAUAACUUAUAUUUCAAUAUUCACUUUGAAAUUUUAUAUUUCAGGAUCUUUAUUAUAGUCCCAAUCACUGCAGCAGUGGAGCUGUUUUUUUUUUCACGGUGCCAGCAGAUGGCGCAUAAAUCGUUUACUUUUCAAUAUUUUUUUAUAGAAUUUUUUAUACAUGUAUUUCUUUUUAUAAUAAAUGCUCAUGCAAAUUUUCAAAACAACAACUGGUACAGUACUUUUUAUUUUAGAAAUUCCCAAAAAAAUAUAUGAAUUUUGUACUUUUACACUAGGACAGCCUCUUAACCAAACUAGUGUUUUUUGAACUGUACAACAAAAUUCAGCAUUAUACAGGGUAUCCCGGAAAAUAGUGCGUUCCUUCAAGGUACGGGCUAAGUGCACCAUUUAAAGCAAAAAAGUGUGAUAAAAUUUUUUGUAAAGUCAACCGUUUUCAAAAAAAUAAUUUAUUAAUUUUAAUGCAUUUGAUUAAUGUCCACAGAAAUGCAAAUACAGCCGGCAACGCUGCGUUCCGUCUUCUGUGUAAAAAUAAUUUUACUAGAACUCAACUAUCAUGAAUCAUCGACCAUUAGGCAUAAUAUUAUGUAUUUAUAAAAUACUGAUAGCAGUAAUAGAAAAACAGCAUAAUUUUUGUGUUUAUUAAAUAUCUAAUAAAUAAGGUUUGUAUAGUGUUUUAACUUACAUGAAAAGUUUUUAUUACAAUCAACAAACAAGCUACGUCUUCAAGAAAUAUCUAUCCUUAGAACAUGUUACAAAAAAUUUGAGUAUUACAUUUCUCCAUUGAAUCUUCUGGGAACUUCUAGUGGUUCAAUCAGAUGAUUAGUAAUACUCUCAGCCCCAGCCCAUACAUACUUUUGGCAUUAUAAAAGUAAAACACACACGCACCAUUUCUCGUAAAACAAGGUUUAUCUGCACACAACACUUUACACAUUUUGUUUUGAAUCAUUACAAUACCACAACAAUACGAUGUAUUCUCGAGUAACAGGUAAUUAUGAUAUGACUGUUUGUGUUUACAAUUUUAAAUAUCUUCGCUAUGUCAAAAUAAAUAAAACUGCCGGGUUGCCAAAUGUAAAUUUUAGUAAAAGACAUUAUUUUAUUUUUUGAGGCAACAGAUGACUUUAGAAAAAAAAUGUAUGAGAGAGUUUUCUUUUAAAUGGUGCAUUCUACCCACACUUUUAAGGAACGCACUAUUUUACGGGACACCCUGUAUAAAACUAACCCAGCUCAACCAGAGAAUUCGGUGGAAUAUUGUCUCUUCAAGGACGUCUCUUCAAUGUUGCCGAUAUAAAAGAUCACUCUGGCACAUCUGAAAUCAUAGCAGUCAAUACUAUAUUCAGUAUUUUAUAUGUUCAGUUCUUCGCAUUCGAAUACUGUGUAAAUAAAUUAAGCUAAGUGAAACUUGUUUUACAUAAAGAGGAUCAGGAUUACGUAGGAUCAUCAUUUCAAAAUAUCGCAUAAUGUAUAAUAAAUAAUCAAUUGUUGCCACAUAUUAACAAAGAGUAUAUUAGGUUAGGUUACUGCAUCAAUUAAUUUUUUGUUACUUUAGUUUCAGGUUAUGUUUUAUUUUUGUAUUAAGGGGAUAACAUAAGAUAAGAUACAAUCCUGGCUUCUAAUAUUUUAUACUUCUAAACAAGUUUCAUUUUGCAGAUUACUAUUGACGUAAAAUCUUGUUUCCUUAUUGAUAUGAUCAUGUCAAUAUAAAGCUUAAUUAAGUGCGAAUGAUACAGGCGGUAGGUUUUGGAAAGAAGAAAACAGGCGGCGAUAGUGUUUUGCUUGGAAACACUACCUCCAAAAUAAGGCAUCACGACUGACGAAUUUACUGCAUUAGAACGCAACAACAAUCUGUACAUUUCAAGCAUUCAAAUUAACUGUCUAUAAGUGUAUAUUAAAAAAAAAUUAGAUUAGUUAAUAUAAGCCUCAUUAGUCAUGGGAAUAAAAUAUUUUCGAUUUCAAAAUUAUAAAGUUUUUAAAAAAUACUUGCCAUUUGAUAUUAUUAUCGGAAAUGUUUUAUUGCCUAAUUUUUUAUUGAUUUUUCUUUGGUCAAUACCGUUAAUAGUAUUCCAAAAAGCGACAUAGGUCAUGAUUCUCUACGUUAGUGUAGAUUUUAUAGCCUUUUUUACAUUUUCAAUGAGAUAGAAUUAUUGUCUACAGAUAUUCUUUGUACAUGUAAUAAAUCCACAUACACUGCUCAACAAUGAAGUGGAUAUCACUAUACAUGGAAAUAUCACUAUAAAUGUAAAUAAAACCUGGAUAAAAACCAGGUCUUUAUUUACUGAAAAGUAAAAAAACCAAGAGAAAAGUAGCAUGUAAAAAGAAUUGGCUAUCAAUUUUUGUUGCGUUGUUCAAAACCAAAAUUGUUGAGCAGUGUAUAAUAACACUUUUGUGUAUCGUACAAAUAAUGUAUGGACAUGGAUUUAUUUAAUGUUUCAUCCUGUUUUAUUUGACCUCAUAUGAGUUAGCCUUCGGAACAAAGCAUACAUUUCUAAAAUUUCCUGUUAUUUUAAUGGAUAAAGUUAUUACUCGUAAAGGAUAAUGGCAGCUUUUCUAGUAGGCAAUAUUUUUUAAUUGCGAAAUAGAUUUUUAUGUACUAAAUCUAUCGGGCCUUCGUUCAUAACUUCGCCAUGCUUUAUUCUUCGUUAUCCAGCUCAUGACAUCCUUAUUCCAUUCGACUCAAAAAUAAUAUGUUCUAUCGUCGGUGCUUAAGUCACUGAAGGAGUCCUGAAAUUCAGUUUUGGUAAUAGUCUUCAGUGUCAUCCAUUUUUUUUUUAAUUGUUGCUAUGUCAUCUAAACGUUGUCCUUUAAGCCGCAAUUUCAGUUUGUAAACGUGGAAAGAGUCUUAGUCGUUUUGGGUAAUAAACGUAAAUCAUCACCGAUUAUGAUCUUUUUUAAGCAUAUUUACAUCAGUAGCGACAAUUAGAACUUUUUACUGAUAUAAAUAGUUUCCGCAUAAUUGUUUUUGAUUUUAAAGCAAAAUUUAAUUUAAAUUAAUUGCUCACAUCUCUCAUCCCAAUGUAAACACUAGGAUACUGUUACAAAAUAGACCCUUAUAUAAGUAAAUGCGUUAUAAUGUGGCAACGUGAAGAGACACUGAUUACGCUUGUGUCCUUCAGAGGGCGCUCAAACAUUUUGGCGCCAAGUUAUGAGCAAAGUUCGUAUAGUUUUGGGGCAGACAUCAAUGUUCUUUUAGCUACAAUAUCCAUUGAAUUAAAUUACUUAAUUAGGACAUAUUUUAAGAACAUAAAAGAAAUGCUUAUGCUCGACUUACGUUGAUAAGACAGGUCGACAAGCCUGAAACCCAGAAAACAGAUACUUUUCCCAAGGUUUUUGGUGCGCUGAAUACGAAUAUGAGCUCCAAAUUGUCGAAUUUGCUCUGGUUUCUGAGAUAGUCCUCAAUUAGCAAUUAAUAUUAUGGGUUCCAAUGUUGUGAGUUUUCCUACUUCUGGAUUAAAAGGGGUAAUUUGUAGGGGUUAAUAGGGUUAGAGGUGUUUUGUUUCGAUCAGUAAACACAAUGUAUGUGAUUUUAUUUUGAUAUGGUACAACCAGCAAUUAAUUUUAGGGAUUUCAGAGGUAGGUGGGUUUGCCUGCUUGUGGACUAAAAGGGAUGGUUUCUACGGGUUGGUUGGGUUGGGGUGUGAAGGUUUGAGAUUGUUGGAUUUGGUUUGUCAGGUUUUGGGGUGGUUUGGGAGGUGAGUUUGGGAUUUCUGAAUUUAGAUUUUUCGUUAUACUAUAUAAUCAUAUGAAGAGUACAGGGGGAAAACAAGGAAUGUCACAUUUUAUACAUAUUGAGAUAACCAUCAAUAAAGGUUUAAUUCUUAUGAAAUCUAAAAACUACUAGGAGAUUCUUAGCAGAAUAAUUCUAGGAAGUCUUAUUCUAUAAUCUUAAUAUAAUAGAAUCUAUAUUAACUUAUUAAUUUAAUAAUGCACCAAAAAACUGCUAACACUCCUUAUUUUUGUUCAGUGGCGUGCGAAUAAUCCUGGUUCUUCGCCUGGACACAAAUUCUUAGAAAAUUUAUAUAGACUGAUCUUUCUGUUUAUUGUCCUGAAUAGAUAGCCUAGUCGAUAGUGCUCGGUUUUUGCUACCACAUGGCGAAAAAAGCCAAAAUUAAUGAAAAAGUGACAUUUCUUGUUUUCCCCCUGUACUCUUCAUAUGGUUUGUAGGUAUUUUAAAACUAAGAAACUUUAAAAUGCAAUAUACCAGUGGAAAAAGAAGAUAUCUGAGUAAACUAAACAUCAUUUACAAGAUUGAGACUUAUGCUUCAAGAUGAUUAUAACAGUUUUUGGGAAAAAAUGAUAUUACGAUACAACAUAACCUCAAAAUCUGCUGUGUUUGCUCUUUUAGGUUAGGACCUCUUAAAAACCAUAACAAAUUCUGUAUAUUCUGAUCUUUGGGUCCGAAUAUUGGUCAAAUUUUAUCGGCAUGUUUCUACAUACUUCGCAAAAAGUAUAUGCACCUUCUGUAGCAUGUACUUUAAACGAGAUCUAAUAAUUUUGUUAGUUACGUUAUGAGGAAGAUUUAUUUUAUAAGCUCGAUAUGUCACAUAAGGUGAUAAGUGUAAAAAGUAUAGAUAUACUCUGGAAAACGCUAUUGGACUUAUACUCUUACUACUUAUCACCUUAGAUAUGUUUGAAUAGAAAGUAUUAAAAGAAAUGUAAUUUGUGUUCAUACUCUACAGAAGCUAUUUUCGUGUGAAAAAGAAAUUAUUUUCUUGCUGCAGUUGUUAGUUUUUCUUUCUUGAGUAUUAUGUUUUUUUAUUUAAUAUCUUUAACAUCACCAAUUGUACAUUUUUUUCUUAGUCUGCUGGGAAUUGUUUUAUAAUUAUAAUUCGCUCCGAAAUUACAUAGCAUGUAGGGUUAGUUCAGACCAACAGGGCUUUUCAUCGAUUGUCAUUUGUUUCGAGCUUCUGUCAUGUGUCACAAUAUUAAUAUAUCUACGCCAUACGUUUUUGGUUUGUAUCAUUGUUAUAUACCAAUAACGUAUGACGUAGAUACAUUAAUAUUAUGUGACACAUGACAGAAGCUCGAAACAAAUGACUGUGAAUGAAAAGCCUUACUGUCACGGUACGAUCAGAUCACAAUCAAAGCACCGUCAAGAGGGCUUUUCAUUCACAGUCAUUUGUUUCAAGCUUCUGUUAUGUGUCACAUAAUAUUAAUAUAUCUACGUCAUACGUUAUUGAUAUAACCAAUGAUACAAACCAAAGACGUAUGACGUAGAUAUAUUAAUAUUAUGUGGCACAUGACAGAAGCUCAAAACAAAUGACAGUCGAUGAAAAGCCCUAGUCAAGGGACAACCCAUUCGCACACAAUCCGGGCAGAUCACCGUCAGCCUACUUCACCAUUCAGGUCGAUCAAGAUGCAAGGUUAUAGAUAGAGUCUAAAUAGAGUUCUUAGUAUUGCAACUAAUGAUCUCCAUUCUUGCUUUUUUCGAAUGGAUUUUUUUCGAGAUAAUUAGAACGAACCUUAUAAAGUCUGGUAAACUAUCUAAGAGCGGCAUUAAUAUUGAGCUGAGCGGGGUGCUAUUGUCAGAGUUAAGAAAUUUCAUAAACAAUGGAUCUACCUGUUUUAUAAAAUUAAACCCUUGUUUAUAGAAUUUCACAACUCGGACAAUGGCACCCCGCUCAGCAGAACUAUAUAAGAGAGUCAUUAAUGUUCAGCUCAGCUGAGUGCUAUUCUUCAAUCAAGGUGUGAAAUUCUAUCAACAAGGGAUCUACCUGUUUUAUGGAAUAAUCCCUUGUUUAUUUAAAUACAAAUUUCCAUCCAGAGUACCCCGCUGAGCCGAAUAUUAAUGACUUUCUUAAUUUUCUUGCACAACUGUAAUGUCAAUUGUCUUGUAUAGUAAUUUCGCCCUCGAUCAUUAUCAAAAGCGACGAAAAUAUGGUACAACUGAAAAUAGGUGAAGGCAUGUAUCCACAUGUUCGCGCUCCUGCAACUACUCCACGUUGUGGAUACGUUCGCGCUCCGCCUCAGCGCCCAAACGGUGGCGGUUUAUAUGUAGAGGAGCGCAUGGUAUAUCGAUUGGAGCAGUUUCACGGAGCGCAAGAGGUUCGCAAACAUAGUGUUUACGUGCCUUAACUGACUGACUGUGUCAUAUUCACACCACCUCGGCAUUCCGGUCCGGUAAAGAACAAGUCACAGUCUUGAUCGCUGGCUAAGCUACCGGACGGGCACUGACUGUGACUGUACCGUGCCAGUGCGUGGGAUUUACGUCAUUGGGAAACUACAGGAGCAAUCUUGACUGUACCGUCUCCGACUGUGACUUGACCAUAGACAUAAUAUGGAUAGACAAUCUAUCUAUCUAUAUCUUUUUACUAUGCGAUCCCGCUCAUGUUACAGAUAAAGAUGGCUAGAUAACUCAAAGUGAAUAUUGACCAAUGAUGUCCUUGAUAUUGGCGUUACACCUCGGUGCACGGAGCCCAUACCUUAUCUUGUCUAUUCUUAUUAUAUCUAUGGACGUGACUGUUGGUCUGAAUCAACCUUUAAAGAUCAGCUUUCAAAAAUGUAAAAUUAGAAUAUCGUUGUUUCAUUGUCAUAAAGACUGAUUAUUUAUCCUGUAUCGUUUAUUGGAAUAUCACUUUUGAACUUAAUACGUCAUUCCAAAUGGUUGUGCGAGUACUGAAAGUUGAGAUGUACUUUUUGUAUAAAAUUUUACGAAUGUACAGUUUUUUUCAUAAAAAUUAGUUGUAAGUUUAUUUCCUUCACUGCAGAGAGUACACACUAACCUUUUUAGAUAAAUAGGAAGGAAAUGCAUAUUCUCUUUGAUAACUUAGAUCACAAUGUUUGCAGUGGAUGAUGAUAAUCAAAAUAUAAUUUUUAUAACUGAAUUUGAUAUAUUUUUCAAUAAAAUGUUUAUUACUAGUC